AUGCUGCGCGCCUACGCGACCGUCGCCUCCAAGCCGCCCUCCCGCCUGCGCGCACGAGGAAAAGCUCCCGUGGGCCUGGACCACUUCAUCCAGCGCCAGCGCGCCCUGGCCCUGUGGCGAGACAUUGUCCGCAGCACCGCCAGCAUCCCCGACGCAGGCGCACGACGAGACAUGCGCCGCUUUGCACGCUCCGAGUUCGACCAACACCGCUCCGUCACUGACCUGGGCCACAUUCGAUAUCUGAUUUCAGUCCGCCGCCCCAGAACCCCCGCAGCGUGCCCUGGCCUUUUGCUAACGCCUGCCCAGCAUGGAAAGACACAGCUCCAGACCAUCAAGGCCACCCUCAUCAACGCUGGCCUACUCUCCGAAUAG